AAUGACCAGUCAGGGUAAAAUUAUACCGGAAAACGACUUGCUGCGAAUGUUUGGCAACGAUAUCCAAAUUAAUGAACAGGGUGAUUUAACGUACACGUGUGUUGAGGAAGAUACGGAUCUCCUUAAUCUGCUAAAGGAGUUUGAUCUGGAAACACUUUUUCUUGGCCUAAAAAAUGCUGGACUAACUUUUCGAAGCUUAAAAUAUUUGUCGAAAGAAGACAUUGCGGAAGCAGUAAAAAAUAUUGGUCUUCGAACAGAGUUUAGAGAAAAGUUGUUUUUUUGGCGCAAGUCAAAGUUUGGAAUAGAAGACGAAACGUUGAGCCAGACUUCAAAAGUUGUUGGUUGGCUAGAAAAAAACCGUCACAAAGAUUCACCUUGUUCUUCAAAUAAUUCAAUAAGAAACGCAUUUGGAUCACAGCCCCUUUCAACAUUUUUAAACGAUAACUCAGCCGGAAAACAACUUAUUCAAUAUUACGAGGAAUGGGCAUGUUUCACGAAUAAUAAUUUUAGAAGAUGUCAUGUUAACAAAGACAAAGCUUAGACCAGAACACUUUGCUAGUUUUGUGGAAGAAAUAAUUGGUUUAUUUCC